GCAUGCGCAUGACGGCGGCGGUGGCGACUAGCGAGCCGCGGCGGACUGUGAGGCAGGCAAAGACGGAGCGCGCGGCGAGUUGGGACUUGCGCUCGCCGCCGCUCGUGCUCUGGGCGGAGCGAGCGAGCCAGCGAGAGGUUAUGAGCCUGCAGGACUCCAGCGGCCACCCUCGCUCCGGCCGCGACCAUGGCAGCCUCCAUAGAGCAGGAGUUCCAGGAGAUCGACACUGCUAACGACUGGCAGGCUCGCUACUUUGAAAUUCGGCGUAAAUCCAAUGACUAUCCUCAUAGAGUUGCAAAAUAUCCAGAAAACAGAAAUCGAAAUAGAUACAGAGAUGUCAGCCCAUAUGACCAAAGUCGUGUAAAACUGCAGAACACAGAGAAUGACUAUAUCAAUGCCAGUUUAGUAGUCAUAGAAGAAGCCCAAAGAAACUAUAUUUUAACACAGGGUCCACUUCCUAAUACUUGUUGCCAUUUUUGGCUAAUGGUAUGGCAACAAAAGACCAGAGCAGUUGUCAUGCUAAACAGAAUUGUUGAAAAAGAGUCAGUAAAAUGCGCACAGUACUGGCCAACAGAAGAAGAAGAAGUCAUGAUGUUCAAGGAAACGGGAUUUUGUGUGAAGCUAGUAUCAGAGGACAUAAAAUCCUAUUAUACAGUACAUCUACUACAAUUAGAAAACAUCAAUAGUGGUGAGUCCAGGAUGAUAUCUCAUUAUCAUUAUACUACGUGGCCAGAUUUUGGAGUCCCUGAGUCCCCAGCUUCAUUUCUCAACUUCUUGUUUAAAGUCAGAGAAUCUGGUUCGCUGAGUCCUGAACAUGGACCUGCCAUAAUUCACUGUAGUGCAGGGAUAGGACGCUCUGGCACAUUUUCAUUGGUAGACACCUGUCUUGUCCUGAUGGAAAAAAAAGACCCUUCUUCUGUAGACAUUAAGCAAGUAUUAUUGGAUAUGAGAAAAUAUCGCAUGGGACUUAUUCAGACACCUGACCAGCUAAGAUUCUCGUAUAUGGCUAUUAUAGAAGGAGCAAAAUUUAUCAUGGGGGAUUCAACUAUACAGAAACGGUGGAAGGAACUUUCUAAGGAGGACCAAGCACCAAGUUCUGAGCAGUCCCCUCCACACCCAACCAGAGUAAAUACAGAGAAGUACAAUGGGAAUAGUGUUGGCUUAGAAAAACAGGAGCAAAUUGGGGAGAAAAUAAAUACUGAACUGUCCACUAAAGUGCAGGAUAUCAUGGAUGGAAGCAUUGAAAGUACGGUUCGGAAACGGCUACGAGAGGAUAGAAAAGCUCACACAGCCCAGAAGGUGCACCAGAUGAAACAGAAGCUAAGUGAGACCGAAAGAAAAAGAAAAAGGUGGUUAUAUUGGAAACCUAUUCUCACUAAGAUUGGGUUUGGUACAGUCAUUUUAGCUGGAGCUUAUUCUUGCUGGAAACUGUAUUUUCAAGAACAUUCCUUGCCGAGACUGACUGACAUCUAAACCUCCAAGACUUGUGAAUAUUCUACAUCUAUAAAUUGCAAACUAUUGACAUGCAAGGCAAGAUAUGAACCCCUCUCCGGGAACAAAAGUGAGGUCUGAUAAAUACCAAGAAGGCCUCAUAAUUAUCUGUUUACAACGUAAACUACAUCCAGGGGAUGAAGAACACCACCAGCAUGCUACUUUGCGAAACAAAAUAACUUGCUGUCUUUUGUGGUUUUUAUAAUGCCUGUAUUAACUGUAGAAAGAUGUAAAAGAAAUAAACUAGAAAAUACUUUGUACUGCCAUUUUUAUUGUAUUUUUAUAUGUUUUUGGCAGCAUUAAAUAUUUUUUUAAAUUGACAA